AUGCAGGGCUUUGUUGAUACCAGUUAUGCUGGGAGCAGUAGCAGUGAUCUGGGUGAUGGUACAGCAGUAGAGGUGGAUUCACAGCAGCAAUGGACAGUGCAAACUAGAGCAAGAUCAACAAAAAGACAAAUGCUUGCGAAUCAGAUGCAUAUUAGAAAUCGGCAGACACAGAAAAUGAAUGGAGCACUGGAUUCUGCAAAUAAAGGAAAAAUGAGUUCAGUCAAGAAAAGUGAUAGCAAACAGAAAUGCAGCACACAUCUGCAACAACAACUGGAACAGGCUGACUAUCAGGAUGGCACAAUAGGAAACAGAAUGGCACAGCAAACAAAAGUACAAGCUGGAAUCCGGAAGAACAGAUUCUUGCCAGCCAAGCAGAAUGACACAGCAGUGGAAGACAAAGAAGGUGGUAUGCCAGUGACUGCUUAUCAAAUCUCAGAUUUUCAAGACUGUGUUCUACAUAAUGGAUUGGAGGACUUACCUCAAGUAGGUUGCAAAUACACUUGGUCCAAUAUGGAGGUCUCUUGCAAAUUAGAUAGAAGCAUGGUCAAUAAGAUGUGGAUGGAGCAGGAGAUGAGGGGAUUGGCUAGCUACUUACCACCAUGUUACAUCUCGGAUCACACUCCAUGUGUGGUCAACAUUAUGGCAACUAUAGAGCAACCAAAGAAACCCUUCAAAUUCUUCAAUAUGUGGACCACCCAUGAAGAUUAUAACAAGGUGAUGGAGGAGCAAUGGGUAAGCAUUGGGCUGGGCACAUUGCAGGGCACGACACAAUUCAGGUUCAAGGUGAAAUUGCAACGUUUGAAAGCCACUUUUCGGCAGUUUAACAGGCUACAUUUUCAGCACAUAAAAGAGCGAUCACUACGGGCGCAAGAGGAGCUUCAAAGGAUGCAGGAAGAUGGCUACGCUACUGGGAUUUUUGAAGAUGGAUACCAGCAAGUCCGAAAAAGAGUAGACCAACUCAGCAAGGAAGAUUUUCUCUAUUGUAAACAAAAGGCUAAGUGCAAGGUUGCUUGGCACAAGUCUGCAAAGAACACCACUCACCACCGAAUGCAUAAGUUAUGGAAGAACAUUAAAUCUGGAACAGCAGGACAAUUUGAUAAGGAUGCCAACGAGGAGGAGAUCAAGAAGGCCCUCUUUAGCAUAGGUGAUCAAAAAGCGCCGGGUCCGGAUGUGUAUGGAUCAAAGUUCUUCAAGCACUCAUGGGAUCUCCUCAAAGGGGAAUUGGUGGCUGCAAUAAUGGAGUUCUUUCGACAUGGGAAGCUUCUCAAGCAGUGGAAUCACUCCCUCAUCUCACUAGUCCCAAAGGUGCCACAACCAAGUAGAGUAGCGGAUUACCGACCCAUCUCAUGUUGUACGGUGUUUUACAAGAUAAUUUCGAAGAUCUUAUCCUCUAGACUUGUUGAUGUUGUUGAGUACUUAUUUCAUCCGGCACAACCGGCUUUUGUCAAGGGAAGGAAUAUCACUGAUAAUAUACAUUUGGCACAAUAA